AUGUCGCUGGAAAAUCUAUCGCCUUCAAAAGAGCCAAACGUACCGGGAAACGAGGAGCGCAGUGAAAGCCUCGGCAGCGACCUAAGCUGGGAUGAAGAGCAACCAGACGGGGCUAAGUCGAAGGCCACUCCAGAGAGAAAGAUACCUGUCUCGGUGACUGGGAAUGUCAAGUCUCUCGAGGGCUCCUUGACUCCCGAGAGCGUCGCGACUCCCGAGGGCGUCACAACUCCCGAUGGCGUCACGACUCCCGGGAGCGUUAAGUCUCCCGAGUGUGUCGAGGAAGCCCGAGAUGCUGAGGCAGCCCGAGGUGCGGCGGCUGUCGACAAAAUUGAAGUGGUCCAGGGCGUCGAAGCUGGCGAAGGCAUCGAGGUUGCCGAUGCCGGUCGAGCCCACAAGUUUUACAGGGCCAUGGACUCCAUCAUGGUGGCCAAGCACGACAAACCAAUCACUCGCUGUUUCUCAAGGAAACUUCAGCAGUGCGCCGGCAAAUUUCGUACAGCCGAUAGCCAGAAUUGGAGGGGAAGAAAGUUACGACAUCACAUUCGCCGAAGCCAGCGUGGACACCGCAGACUAUGCUGACCUCUACACUGGCCAGAACACUUCCGUGGAAACUCAGGAGACAACGUCUGAAAGACGAUUGUCGAAUGUCUUAUCCUUGAUUUGACGCAACCACAAUUGUAGGCAAUCGCCACCUGAAACACGUGGUAGAAGCGUUGCAGAGUAAUUCUCCUCACGUUGGUGUUCACGUGGUUUCCCGCCAUAUCGCGCUCGUCAGCAACUACUGCUGUAAACGGCAAAUGCGGGAAAGGAGCACUGCAGUUAUGAAGGACGCCAGCAAGCUGAAUGAAAAGUGA